UUUGGCUGUUUUUUUUUUGUUUGAUGUGUAGCAGUUUUGUUUAAAAUUAUUAUUGUUUUAAAGCAUCACAAAUCGGUCCUGUGGGAGAAAGCGAGAGAGAAAAACAAGGGGUCCAGUUGAAAAUGUAAGAGGAUUUGAUUUUCCAGCCACUAAAAGAGAUUAAGUCGACAGCAGUGGAAGUUAAAUUGUGCUGCAUAUAAAAAUGGGCGGAUUGGUCUUCCGAUGAGAGAUUGGUACCACCUUCCAUUCUAAAAUAAAAUCACCCUGGCAUGAAGUCACUGACUAUUUCAUAUCCGGUUUACCCAAGGACAAACUACCAUUGUCCUGAUAAAGUAAAUCUUUAUUUGGCCGAAAUCUCCGCAUUUCGUAGUGAUUUUGCACUCAGAUCACUAAUUUGGUGGGGACUCGGAAGAGUUUAACUCCCCACACCAAUGAAUAGUGCGCGAGACCUGCGCAAACUCAGCGUCGUCAGCAGGAGCUCCUUGAGCCUCGAGCUAAAAUUCGGCUGAUCGGAGAUCUUUGAGGAUUUUUGUCAUCGUAUCCGUGUUCAAAGGGUAUCCAUAAAAGUUGAAGGACACGACACGGUCGCAUAUCCGAGGUGUAUUGCUGGACACCUGUGCUUGUUGGAAGGAUGGUCGCCCAGCAUCGAACCUACUGCUUGUGUAUAUGGGCCUGCUUACUCGUGGCAAACGUGUUCGGAGGAAAAAGCUCGGGACAGAAUGGCAUGACAGACGAACAGAAGGACAACACCACAGUGUUCACCAGGAUCCUGGACAGCCUUCUGGACGGAUACGACAACCGCCUCAGACCAGGGCUCGGAGAGCGCGUAACCGAAGUCAAGACUGACAUUUUCGUGACGAGUAUCGGACCUGUCUCCGACCACGAAAUGGAGUACACAAUUGAUGUGUUUUUCCGACAAAGCUGGAAGGACGAGAGACUAAAGUUCAAAGGGCCAAUGGCCGUGCUUCGUCUCAACAACCUGAUGGCCAGUAAAAUCUGGACGCCCGACACGUUCUUUCACAACGGAAAGAAGUCCGUCGCUCACAACAUGACCAUGCCCAACAAGCUCCUGCGAAUUACAGAGGAAGGCACACUGCUCUACACUAUGAGGCUGACAGUCAGGGCCGAGUGUCCUAUGCACCUGGAGGACUUCCCCAUGGACGCGCAUGCCUGCCCACUCAAGUUUGGCAGCUACGCCUACACCCGCUCAGAGGUGGUGUACGUGUGGACGAGAGGAGCGGCGCAGUCAGUCGUGGUGGCGGAAGACGGAUCCCGACUCAAUCAAUACGAUCUUAUGGGACAGCAUGUUGACUCCGGGGUAGUCCAGUCCAGCACUGGAGAGUAUGUUGUCAUGACGACACACUUCCACUUGAAGAGGAAGAUCGGCUACUUUGUCAUCCAGACCUACCUGCCGUGCAUCAUGACAGUCAUCCUGUCCCAGGUGUCCUUCUGGCUCAACCGGGAAUCCGUCCCUGCAAGAACUGUAUUUGGAGUGACUACUGUACUGACCAUGACCACCCUCAGUAUCAGUGCUAGGAAUUCCCUCCCCAAAGUGGCCUACGCCACAGCCAUGGACUGGUUCAUCGCCGUGUGCUACGCCUUCGUCUUCUCCGCUCUCAUUGAGUUUGCCACCGUCAACUACUUCACAAAGAGGGGCUACGCUUGGGACGGCAAAAGCGUGGUGCCAGAAAAGCAAAAGAAGAAGAAGGAGUCCCUCUUGCAGAAGAACAACACGUCGUACGCCGCAGCCACCGCCACGGCUUUUGCCCCGAACAUUGCCAGGGACCCUGGCCUGGCCACCAUCGCCAAGAGUGCCCCUCCCCCACCCACCGAGCCCAAAGAGGAGCCCAAGCCCAAGCCCCCGGAGGCCAAGAAGACCUUCAACAGCGUGAGCAAGAUCGACAGGAUUGCCAGAAUAGCCUUCCCGUUGCUCUUCGGAACCUUCAACUUGGUGUACUGGGCAACUUACUUGAACAAGAAGCCCAAAUUACAGGGCCUGCAACCACACUAAUCGUACGGUCUUCUCUCUUAUUUUCCUUUCUUGCUUUUCUGUCUUUCUUUCUUUCUUUCUUUCUUUCCUUCCUUCUUGCUUUCUUCAAAAGUAUCUUUUCAGAAAACACACGAGUGAUGGUUGGGCUCCCCGUCACCACAUUGCUUCAAUGUUACAUAACAUAAUGUCCUCGAUUUGAACAAAAAAGAAGAAGAAGAAAAGAAAUUAAUGAACAGCUGAGCAAUGUGUCAACUUCUAAAUUAUUCUGUGACUUUUUGAAAUAUACUAUUAUGAUUACAGUACAUGGUAUAUAUAUAUAUAUAUAUACACACACACACACACGCACAUACACACACACACACACACACACAACACACACACACAAGAGAAUGCUAUUCUACAAAUACAAUUGCUAAGGAUAUCACAAAUAUUUUAUUGACUUUGUUACUUUCUAUUGUUUGGUUGUUGUUUUGCAUUGAGUUAACAUACUCUACCAGUAAUACGUUUGCAUGAACUGGGCUUUUGAUUUUUUUCAACCAGCCAAUCAACAUCAGAGAGGUGUCCUAGUUUCAUAACAUUACCCCCCAAACACAUGUUAGUAUGCUUCCAUUUUCUUGUUGUUGUGUUUCAUUUCCUUGUUUACAAGAUAGGGUCUCCGCAAUAGCAAUAAACCAUAUCUCUCAGUGAAGUCACUUCAGCCAUGGGUUUAAAAAUUUCGAAACAUUCGAUCAAUUCUUGUGUUAACCAUUGAACAUGCGACUUAAUUAGUUCUCUUGUAAAUACGUUGAAGUGAUAGAGAUGUCAGCGUUAAGUUUAAGGCUUUGCUAAAUGUGAACACAAGGGGCAAGGAGACUGUACAUGAUAGACCUGGAGAGCGACUUGUGUGUAAAAAAAAAAAAAAAUAUUGGUUCACUUUCAAGUGACUGUUUUUAAAAAAAAAAAACUUCAAAAAAUACUAAGUGUUCCACUAAAGGCAGAAUGAAGGCGUCAGAGGGUAUAUAUACAUAUCUAACUGAUAUAUAUAUGUGUGCGUGUGUGUAUGUGCACACUAGUAAUGAUACUUAAAGAGUGGAGAUAGUGAGGGGAAAGAAUGUAAAAAACUGUAAACUCAAUGUUGGAAUGCGUUUUAUAUUUAGAAAUUAAAUCACACUUCUGGACUUUUUUCAGUUUUUUUUUCUGUCGAAAUGGUAAAGAUAUUCGAGAACGAUUUCGGGAUUUUUCGGGAACGUGGGGGCUUCCAGCAACAUUAUUCUUUAUGCGUGCUGCUAGUAGCUAGCGUUGCAUUGGCAUCAAUGCAUUGAGAGUGAAGAGCAGUGCCUUCUAUAUUUUUCAGGGUUGAACUGAAAGGCUACCUGACCUAGCGCAAAGAAUUUCCAACCCACUUACUUUCAGGUUCGAUUGCGCUUGUUUAGUUCCUGAAACCUUUCAAGCACCACUCAGAAAAGUACCAGCUACACUGCCUUCAGUCUCUCAUGCCGUUUCGAGGACAGGCGGUCACUUUUUAUUACGAUGUCUCUGUUGCUGCUUGUCCAUACAAGACUGGGAAGAUUAUGAUAAAUUACGAAAGGCCAAUCAUGUGGGCUAGCACUGUGCCCUGCAAACCAAUGCAUCUUGGUGUGCUAUGAUAAUAUUUAUUUUUGUAGAGUGAUGUCAGUCCCUCUAAAAAGAGUAUCUACACUCAUCCAA